UUAUAAGCACUAUAUAAUAUAUGCCUUGUAAGUUGUGUAAUACAAGAAGCUUAAACUUGAACUGUGUAAUACCAGUGCUUAUAACCACCAUAGAUUAAGCUUUCUAGUCUUCGUUGGGGUGCGGUUCCCAAUGAAGAUCUUCCAGAAGUGCUUCUGGCUUUGUGUGCUUUUUGUGAGCUUUUGCUACGCUGAACAGACAGUUGAGGUACUUGGGGUUGGAGAAUGUACUGACUGUGAUCAGAAUAGCAUUAAGACUAGCCGUGCCUUUUCAGGUCUUCGUGUAACAAUUGAUUGCAAGCUAGAAAAUGGACACUUCAAGACAAGAGGAGUUGGGGAGCUCAAUGAACAUGGAGAGUUCAAAGUCUCACUCCCUAAAAAGAUUCUAAAAGAAGAAAACCAACUAAAAGAGGACUGUUAUGCCCAACUCCACAGUGCAUCAGAUGUCCCUUGUGCUGCCCAUGAUGGCCUAAAAUCCACAAAAAUAGUCUUCAAGUCUAAGGCAAGUGAUGGGACACAAACCUUUGGAGUGGCUGGUGGAAAGGUCAAAUUUUCACUUGUGACUUGCAUUUCUGCCUUCUUUUGGCCUCACAAGAAGCACCCAUUUUUUUCCAAGUUGCCACAUUUCCCACCUAAGGUUUUCCCUCCAAAAGUACCAAUAUUCAAGAAGCCUCUUCCUCCACCAAUACCAAUCUAUAAGAAGCCUCUUCCACCAUUAAUCCCAGUACACAAGAAGCCUCUUCCACCACCAAUCCCAGUAUACAAGAAGCCACUUCCACCACCAGUCCCAAUAUACAAAAAGCCACUUCCCCCACUAGUCCCAAUAUACAAGAAGCCUCUUCCACCACCAGUCCCAAUAUACAAAAAGCCACUUCCCCCACCAGUCCCCGUAUACAAGAAUCCUCUUCCUCCACCAAUGCCAAUCUAUAAGAAACCUCUCCCUCCCCCCAUCCCAGUGUACAAGAAGCCUAUUCCACCACCAAUCCCAGUACACAAGAAGCCUCUUCCACCACCAAUCCCAGUAUACAAGAAGCCACUUCCACCACCAGUCCCAAUAUACAAAAAGCCACUUCCCCCACUAGUCCCAAUAUACAAGAAGCCUCUUCCACCACCAGUCCCAAUAUACAAAAAGCCAUUUCCCCCACCAGUCCUCGUUCCACCACCAGUCCCAAUAUACAAAAAGCCAUUUCCCCCACCAGUCCCCGUAUACAAGAAGCCUCUUCCACCACCAGUCCCAAUAUACAAAAAGCCACUUCCCCCACUAGUCCCAAUAUACAAGAAGCCUCUUCCACCACCAGUCCCAAUAUACAAAAAGCCAUUUCACCCACCAGUCCUCGUUCCACCACCAGUCCCAAUAUACAAAAAGCCACUUCCCCCACUAGUCCCAAUAUACAAGAAGCCUUUUCCACCACCAGUCCCAAUAUACAAAAAGCCAUUUCCCCCACCAGUCCUCGUUCCACCACCAGUCCCAAUAUACAAAAAGCCAUUUCCCCCACCAGUCCCCGUAUACAAGAAGCCUCUUCCACCACCAGUCCCAAUAUACAAAAAGCCACUUCCCCCACCAGUUCCCAUAUACACGAAGCCAUUUCCACCACCAGUCCCAUUCUAUAAGCCAAAGCCACAUCCAUUCUUUAAGCCUCUCCCUCCACUGCCAAAGAUUCCUCAUCCAUUCUUUAAGCCUAUCCCUCCAUUGCCGAAGGUUCCUCACCCAUUCCUUAAGAAGCCACCAAUCCCACCACUCCACCCAAAAUAUUACUUCCCCCACCCAAAGGUGGGCAAGUUCCCACCCCUGCCACCUUUGGUUCCUCAAUAUCCUUAGGUUAUUAAAGUACCAUAUACCAUUUCCAGUUAUAAGUAGGAGCAUAAAUAUUGUUGUGUGGUGAAGUGAAAGCAUGAAGGAAAUUCAGAUCAAAAUAAAUUAAGCCUUCAAAAGUUCAAGCCUUGAAGAAAAAGAGAAGCAAAGAUCAGAAAGAUAGCUGAGAAAGUGGAACACUUGUUUAUUUAUGAGUUAAUAUUUGACUUGUUUGUAUUUUGUUUCUUUACAUUGUAAUAUCCCAAUUGUUUUUGUAUAUUUUCAUAUGCAUAUGGCUUCUGUUACAGUGUUACUUUUCAUGUGUUUCAUAGUAAAUAUUCACUAUUCUAUUGUUAUUCCUUUUGGGAUUAUA